ACCGACCUUCCUUCUUCGUGACCUGUAGCUUAGCUGUCUUCUUUGUCUCCCCCUCCUUCUUGGAAAACCCAAUCCCCCUCCUUCUUCCUCUUUAUAUGCAUCUUCUCCUUCAGUUCUAUCAUCGCUUAUCUCUCUGAGUAUUCUAUUUGACUUAAUCUCUCUAUCUCUUUGAUUCUUCUUCAAUGGCUUCGCAAAACCCUCAGACUCAUUUCCAAGAUUCUCUGCCUAUCAUGGCCGGAAAGCUUGGUGGGGAUGGCUUAAUUGACGAGCUUUGCAAUGGGUUUAAUCUGUUGAAGGAUGCUGAUAAAGGGGUGAUCACUUUCGAGAGCCUUAAGAGGAAUUCCGCUUUGCUGGGGCUACAUGGUUUGAGCGAUGAGGAUCUUCAUUCUAUGUUACAGGAAGGCGAUUUUGAUGGUGAUGGCGCGCUGAGUCAGCUGGAAUUUUGCGUCCUGAUGUUCAGAUUGAGCCCUGAGCUUAUGGAGGGUUCUAAAUUGUGGUUAGAGGAAGUCCUUCAACAAGAACUCAAGGAUUUCUUCUGAUUUUUUUUUUUUGAUGUUGAUUUAUGAAUUUGUCAUGUUUGGCAGAUUUUUCAUAUGCUUGUGACGAAAACGAAAGGAAAGUAACUCGAAUGACACUGUCAUGUAUAUCAUCAGAUCAAUUGAAUUAUUCUUUUGUGCCUAAUACUGUUGUGUUGGUCAACCUUCAAGUGUAAAUUUGGGGUUCUAAAUUCUUUAUGAAUUUUCUUUAUUCGAUCAA